CUUUAUUCUGUGCCACAGUCUGUGCUGUGGAUAUGCCACGCCAUUUUGACGCCAUUUUCACUUCUUUCGCUUGUCUUUGACAUUUUUAUCUCGGAAAUUUUUAUCGAGAAAAAAAUUGCCAAGCCAAUAUGGCGGCGGCGGCUUCUUCUUCAAGAAGACUUCUAUCACUUGAUUUCGAAGUUUUUGGCAAAGUUCAAGGUAUUUAAGUGAUGAAAUUUGUGGGAUAAAGUGAAGAAUUGUUGUUGGUUUUUAACUAACGAUGAUUUUAUUUCGUUUCUUUAGGCGUUUUCUUCAGAAAAGUACGUGUUCAACUAUUGAAUUUUAACUCUUGUUUCUACUAUAUCUGUUGACAUAGCAACAAUAUAAUAUUGUAUUCUUGUAUUUGUACUUUUGCAGUGGACGGAAAGGAAGAGCAAAGAGUUUGGCUUAGUAGGCUGGGUCAAAAACACAAAAGUGUCAACUGUUACUGGGCAAUUGCAAGGCGAAAAACAAAAUAUUGACUUAAUGUAAGGGGCUGUUGACAAAUAGGUUUCGCCAUGCUUAGGGAGUGUUGAUUAUUUAUGGUUGGGGGGGGGGUGGCAUUUUACACCUCCCUCUCAAUAUCUAUAUGACCCCCCUCAGCCCAUCAGGCAACAGCAAAACUCACAUAACCCCUCAAGAAGACCAAAAACUUUUGACCCCCCCCCCCCUUUUAUAUAAAAUACAGUAUAAAUAUGGUAUGUACAUUAUCAGUUAAAUAAUUAAGAAGUCUUUAUUUUAUGUUAGUAAUAGUGCAAAAGCUCCUGUAAACUUGUAGCCAUCUCGGUGUGCUUGGCUGCUCACCCAGCACCCCCCUAAAAAACCUUGCUGGAUCUACCACUGAUGUAGUACUUUUAUAUGCUACAUAAUGCUUUUAUUUGUACAUUUCUAGGAAAGUGUGGUUGUCAACAGAAGGCAGCCCCAAAUCGACGAUCACAAAUUGUGAGUUUACCAAUGAGAGAUCUAUAAACAAACUUGGCUUCUCUGACUUUAAAAUUGUAAGAGAAUCAAGACCAAAAAAGAAGGUCAAGUGAAUUGUGAAUGUUUGGUUUUGUAGAAAUUAAAUGAUGUUGCAUGGUAUUUAAAUGUUUUGUAUCAAUGUACAAAUGUAAAUAGCUGUUAUUAUACUGCAAUAAAACACUGCCAUAUUAUACUUGUUCUCUCUCCCAACUACUGGUGUAUUAAUUUCACACUAUAUUUAGGGGUGGAGCAAUUCAUUUGAAAAGUACUGAAAAGUUUUACGUAUGUUGUGCAGACCAAUUUAUGACAGACCAAAGGAUCCUGCAGUUAGGAGCAGUGUUCACGCUAUUUUAUUGGGGGUGUAAACGAAAGUUUCCCCCGACUGAUUUCUCCUAAGUAUGAAAUAAAUUUUUCUUUGUCAUUGUGCAGAAGAAUCUUCAGAAAUUAUUUGCAAUAUUUUCAAUUUUGAAUUUGAGAAAUUUUGUGCUGAUUUCCAUAAUUGUGAGAAUUUUUGCACAGGAAAUUAAUUUCCUCCAAUCCAAAGUUGUCUUUAUUAAGCCAGUUUUCCAUCAAGUGGAAUUUUGCAUGUGGAGCAGAAUUUUUCUUUAUCUCGUGAUUUCUCGGGUGAAAUGAAAUGAAUUAGGAAAAAAAGAAAAAUUCUGCUCAGCACACAAAAUUUCUCCUAGUGGAAAACCAGCUUUACAGUCUAGCCACAGAAUAACAAUUUAACCAGAAGUCCCAUUCUCAACAUAUCAAAAAGCUGAUUGCACUUGUUUAGCGAUCUGGAAACGAGUGCGUUGUAUAAAUUUGUAUGGUUUGGCCGUACUCUUUCAGAUAGCUAAACAAGUGUAAUGUGGAGAGUGGAGCUUCUGGUUAAAUUGUUAUUCUGCAGUCUGGCUUCCUGAACUGAGUAUUUCUUGUUGAUCAAGACAGUGAGGUAAAAAAGCUUGCUUAAUCUUUGUUUUAUUUUAUUUCCUAAUCAUAAAUAUCACAUUAAACAAGAUAUGUUGUAAUUACAAGAUUUCUAUUCACAAUUAAAAGUUGCUACAGUGUUUUUCAAAGCUACAAAUAUUCCUUGAUCCACUCUUUCGCUGAAUCUAUGUCCUUGUCAACAGAUUCUUUCAUCUUGCUAUCAAAUGUUGGCAGCGAAC